CCAUUUGGUCAUAAAAAUCUAAAUUAAUUAUAAGCAAUAUGUCCACCAUUGCGAUGAUAAAUCAUUAAAUAUAUAUAUAUAUAAAUAUUACUUAAAAUUAUGUAUAUUAAAUCUAACCAGGCAAAUUGUUUAUUAUUUAAAUUUAGUAGUAAUCAUUGUUUAAAUUAUUUAGUUUUGCUAGUAUUAUCACUAACUGUAAUACAAGUGUCGUCAAAAUGUAGACGCUUUGAUCAACUGGCCAUCGCACCUGUCGAUUAUAAUAAGUUAUCUGGAUUAUGGCAUAUCGAUUAUACUAGCGAUCCAGUUGAAGACCCUACCGGUGCCCAAACUGUCAUCGAUAAUAAAAAUUCCAGCACUACUGUCCAAAUUGAGACUAAUACAUCGAUAUCAUGUAAGUCGGCCACCAUAACCAGUAUCGGCACCAAACGGCAGAUUAUGAACUGCCCUAAUAAUAUUGAAUACACUUAUUGGGUGAUUGCAACCGAUUAUACUAACUAUUUGCUAACCUACCAGUGCGAUAAAAAACGAUUUAAAGAAAUCUAUCGUAUAUACAGUCGACAAUCGGUAGACAAUGCAAACUAUGAAAAAUUAGUUAAACUAUUGUCAAAAAAAUCGCCUGAUAUUAAACUAUCACCAGUUAGUAGACGUCCGGAAUUGAAAAACGAUAAGCAACUACUGCCCGGUGCUGGUACUACGGCUGCUAUUACUACUACUACUACUACUACCUCUACUAUUACUACAACUCCUACACCAACAACAACAACAACUACUGUAGCUAACAAACUGGUUGGUACUGAAAAACCACAACAACAACAACAACAACAAUCCCAAUAUCAAUCCCAAUCCCAGUCCCAACAAUCGUGGAGACAAUCAAUAAAACCGUAUUCAGGUAUGAAAAUAAAACUACUGAAACCGAUUCAGCCAAUCAAAUAUAUAACAAUGAAACCGAUUGUAAUGGUAACCUAUACAAUCAAAUCGUUAACCGUAGAUACGGUUAAACCGUUUAAUAUAACGGUCAGUCCACUAAAUGUAACAGCCAGUCCAUUGAAGCUAAUAAUGCCACCGUUGCAACCCAUGGAGUCGAUGAUUAAUAUGCCAUCGUUUGAACAAAGUCAACCAAACCAACCAAUGAAAAUUGAACCAUUCACUUUAUCACCAUGGAACUUUAAGCAAGCAACUACCGUAGAUAGUUGUAUUACAGACAAAACUACUGUUUCCAUUACUACCACUCCUACUACUACUACUAACAUUCCUACUACUAACAUUCCUACUACUACUACUGCUGCUGCUACUACUACUACAGAUGAUAUAUAUGAUUCAGAUGACAGUACCACAGAUGCUAAUUGUGGUAUAGGUAGCACCACUACAACUACUACUACUACUACUCCUACUACUACUCCUACUACUACUACUACUCCUACUACCACUCCUACUACCACUCCUACUACUACUCCUACUACUACUACUACUACUACUACUACUACUACUACUCCUACUACCACUACUCCUACUACCACUCCUACUACUACUACUACUACUACUACUACUACUACUACUACUACUACUACUACUACUACUACUCCUAUUCCUACUACUACUCCUACUACUACUACUACUCUUACUACUACAACACCAACUACUACAACACUUACUACUACUACUGAGGACAGUUGCAUUACAGAGACUACUACUACUGAAGAUAGUUGUAUUACAGAUACUACUACUGAAGAUAGUUAUCUAACUGAGACUACCACUACUGAGGAUAGUUGUAUUACAGACAUACUAACAACGACUACUGAGGAACCUCUUAAACCAUGUCUUAAUUUGAAUACACUAAUUGGCCAUUGGUACCGGGUAUAUUCAACUGAGCCAAAAAAUUGUAUAACAAUGGACGUCGACAAAUAUGAUCCGGAUAAUGCUGACGAUCUGAAAUUUUGUAUUGAAGAAAAAUUUAGAGAAAUACAAAACGGUAGCAUAAAAUUAGAUUUUUUCAGCGAAACCCAAACCGCUGUCCGUAUAACCCAACCGUCCGGCGAGUCAUAUAAGGCGACCAUUUUGUCUACUGAUUAUGUCAACUAUUUUGUAUUGCAUUUAAAAAUGGCAAAUAAAGAUGAGAUAUCGGUUUAUUCAACUAAUAUUACAACCAAUGAUAAACUGUUUGCCAAAGUAAAACAAUCAUUGAAAUCAUUUGAUAACAAUACCAGCAUAUCGUCAAUACUUAUGCCCAACAAUCAUACACAUUGCGAUUAUACUGAUUAUCUACUAAAACAACAAUUAUGUGGACAUUGGUAUCUGGUUUAUGCCAGUGAACUAAAAAAUUGUUUAGAAAUGGAUAUCAAUUGUCUGAAUGAUGAGGAACAGGAUACUAAUGUCGGAUCCAAUGGCACAACAAUUGGACAUAAGGGGGACAACCAUCAAAUUCAAAUGGAACUGGAUCUAAAUGGGACAUUCUAUGCCAGUAUCAACAAUAGUCCAUCACAUAUUGAACAUAUAUUGGACACUGAUUACGAUAAAUAUGUUAUUUUCAAUCGUAAAGAAACUAAAGACAAUAAAGAGACAAUAUGGGUGUAUACGCGCACAAAACUACCAUUCCCUGGACUGUUAUAUAAGGCUACCGAAGUUCUAAGCAAUGCAUCCAUUUCCUAUCAAAUUGAGCCGAUAAGUCAGGAUAAUUGUUCAGCAUUAUCAUCAUCGACACCAUCACCAAAAUUAACUACCGUUCCUGAAAUAUCAUCAACGACACCGACACAUAUUACUACUACCACUGCAGUGUGCAAACAGCCAACACAUACCGAUUUCAAUGAGAUAAAAGGUUUCUGGUAUAAAAUAUACGGAUCAGAUAAACAAGAUUGUAUUACUGCCAAUAUUACUGAUUUUGAUGAUACACAUCAACAACAACAACAACAACCACAACAACCAAAUAAAUUACAAGAAUUUAAAAUGACUAAAAAAUUGGGCAACCAAGUGGUAUGUACGGCCCGUUUGUCAAUACAACCGGACGGCACUAUAUUGUCUACUAGUUUGAAUACUAGUAAACAAUACAAGUUUUAUCUAUUGUCUACCGAUUUUACCGAUCAUCUCAUACUGAAUAUUGUUAAUCUAACCGAUAAUACAUCAAAAGUUGCCAUAUAUGCGCACAGUAGUAACCCGGAUCCCGACAUACUGGACAUUGGCAAACACGCCCUGGUAGACAACAAUAUAUCGUUGCCAUUGCAUCCUAAUCAGCACAUUGAAUGCGAUAGAGAUCACACCACAACCACCACUACCACAACAACAACAACAACGAUAGCGACAACACCAGCUUCUCCACCAGUUAUAGCCAGGUGUCGCAAUUAUGAGGCCCAUUCAAUUAAAAAUAUCGACUUAAAAUCGUUGGAGGGCACCUGGAAUCAAUUGUAUGCCAGCAAUAUAAAUGUCACCAAUCAACAACAACAAUGGUGCUUAAAAACUAAGUUUAACGUUGCUAACAAUACUUUAAUCAACUUUCAGGACUCAAACAAUUGCCAAAACAACAGUGAAUUUGGUUCAAUAAGCAAACCAACUAAUGUUGGCAACAAAUAUCCGUCAAAAUUUUUACGGACAUUAAAGACAGGACAGUCGUCCGAUUCGAGCAACUACUGGCUAUUGGAUACCGGUGCCGAAUUUUGCAAACCACGGCGCAGCCAUCUAUUAGUCUACCAGUGCCACAAACCGGCCAUCGAUCCGAUAGCUGGUUGCGAUGCACCAGUGAUUCGCGAAAAUUAUCAACUAUUUUCCCAAUCGCUUAGCAUACCUGCGCCCGAAAUGGAUGCCAUCCGUGAACUACUAUCAGCAAUAGCACCAAACGUUCAAUUGGUACCCAUAGACCAAACAAACUGUGUUUGCAAUUCAACAUUAAAUGUUACCAGUUUAGCUACUAGUAGAUCAAAAUCGUCAAAAACUAAUAAAACAGAAAAAUUGCUUAAACUUGCCGGUCCUACCUGUGCUCUGGACAACCAUAAACCGGACAAUCAUCUACGAUUGACAGUUGCCGAAACAAAUAAUUUAAGCGGCAAAUGGUAUCGUGUUUACGCUACUAAUGCUACCAAUUGUUUGAAUAUGGAAAUUGAAAAUAAUACAUUGCCUAUGGCUAAAAAACGAUACGUUAUUAUCAGAAAUGGCCCUAACGUUUUGGAUACAUAUAUUUAUAAAAAUAAAAUGGACGGUUCAAUGUCUGCCUACCGGGGUGCCAGCGAUAAACUUUAUGCAAAAGUAUACAUAUUGGACACCGAUUUUACUAACUAUCUAAUACUAUUUAAAUGGUUUACCCUCAACAAUGACGAGGGUGUCUAUGUGUUUACCCGGAGCCCGAACGGUACCACUGAUAACAAUAAGCUAAUGGAAAAAACAAUGAAAUUGAUUGAAAGUUUGCCAAUGAAAUUGUCGCCAUUGGUUGUCAAUCACCAGACAAACUGUAGCGCCGGAGCCGUCGAUGAUGACAACCAUGAGGGCGAUGAGUGUAAAGAUUUGCCGACACAUCUCGACCAUCAAUCGUCUAGUUUUGCACCGAUACCUACAGAAUCUGUAUCGGUAGCAAUAACGGGCACUCAAACACCGAUACCUACAGGACCGUUAUCUACAGCACAGGCAUCUACAGGACAGUCUCCUACAACACAGUCACCUACAGUACAGUCAUCUACAGCACAGUCUCAUACAGCACAGUCUUCUACAGCACAGUCACCUACAGGACAGUUACCUACAGGACAGUCAUCUACUGAACUGUCACAUACAGCACAAUCUUCUACAACACACUCUCCUACAGCACAGUCAUCUACAGAACUGUCUCAUACAGCACAGUCUUCUACAGCACAGUCACCUACAGGACAGUUACCUACAGGACAGUCAUCUACUGAACUGUCACAUACAGCACAAUCUUCUACAACACACUCUCCUACAUCACAGUCAUCUACAGAACUGUCUCAUACAGCACAGUCUUCUACAGCACAGUCACCUACAGUACAGUCAUCUACAGCACAGUCUUCUACAGCACAAUCUUCUACUGCACAGUCAUCUACAGCACAGUCAUCUACAACACAGUCAAAUACAGAACAGUCACCUACAAUACAGUCAUCUACAGUACAGUCAACUUCAGCAGAACCAGUAGCAAUAACGGGUACACAAACAUCGAUAUCAACAACACAGACACCAACAGUACCACCCUUAACAUCAGCACUGAUAUCAUCGACACCUGUAUCCAAUGCAAGCCAAACAAAUAGUCAUUGUCCUAAUAUUGAUAAUAAUAUUAUGAAAACAGUUGACAUGAAAAAGUUAGCCGGCAAAUGGGAAUACAUGUAUACAUUGCAACCGAUCGGCAGUGACUCAAACCUAGAUAUCCAGUUCAGACCCAAAAGGCCUAAAUCGAAAUAUCCGUGGGUUUUACAUAUUAGAGAUGAGGAAAGUGGUCUCAAUAAACAGGAAUACCGUUUCGACAGGACUACCGGCUACCUGAUUGGUAGUGUCAGCAACAAACUGGGCGAUCAGGUUGUCGAUGCCGAAUACAAGCUGGCCGUUAUGGACACCGAUUAUAGUUCACAUUUGAUUAUCUAUUCGUGUGUCGAGUCUGGCGGCUCCGGUACCAAAACUGUUCGAUUGGAUGUAUUGACGAAAAACUGUAUCAAAUCAAACAUUGAUAUCAAUAGUAAGAUAGCUGGUGUUCAGCGGGUGCUAAAUAUGACAACCGAUAUAUUGAGACCAACCGUGCGAUAUAAUUGUCUACAAGAGUUAUACGAUAAACCAAUUGAAACUACUAAUUUCACGGACAAGUGUCUGCACUUUUACAAACACGAGUUAGUCAAUACAAAUUUUAGACAACUGGCCGGCAAAUGGGAACUACAGCUGAGCAACAAUCCAAAAUUUUGCUACUCAUACAUAUCGACUGAGGCAAGUGCUGACAACCAGGAGCUGACCAUUACAUUUAAUCCUGGACAGCCUAUGACCUAUACUAUGCGACACAUCAAUGGCUCAAACUAUAAUAGCUAUAUAAUUGGCAAUAAUAGCGGCACCAUUAUCGAUGCCACCAUUGCCACCGAUUAUGACCAGUACGCCAUAUUCUACCAGUGCCAACAUGUCAUGGAAGGGGGUAUACCUAAUAAACAAGAGCUAUUAUAUAUAAUGUUACGACCAAACAUAUCGGCACAGUUGGCCGCCGAUACCGACAACAAAUUGUUGGCCAAUAUUUUUAGCCAAAUACAGCCGCAAACCAUUCAGAAAUUGAUGCCGUUGGUCAACAAAUUGAGUCAUUGUAGUAAUAAACGAUUGAAAAAUAUUGGCCAAACACAACUGGCCAGAGAUCAGUCGGAUAGAUUGGCCCGAAACAACAAUCGUACCGAUCGUCAAGUGUUGAAAUUUUUGAGCGACAAUUGUCGCCAGUUUACCGAGGAUGAGCUGAAAAAUGUCGACCUAAAUAAGAUUUUUAAAAGUUGGAAAUUAGACUACUCGACCCAAAUGUUUGAUAAUAUUCAAUACGAUAGGACAGUCGUACGCCGGGAAACGGAUCAAUCGUAUAGUAUUGAUCUAUAUAACGGUGACAGAUAUAUUAGUAGUAGAAACAUAUACUAUGACCCGACUGGCCCUAUAUCGUGGUCCUAUACGAAUGGCCGUCGCUCGCGGGACGUACAUCUCAUUGCCGACGAUGACUACCGAAUGGUCUACAGUUGCUCCGAGUUUGAAGUCAACGGCACCCUUACAGCCAAAGAAAGACUAAGAUUGUUGUCUCGUGAAAACAAUACCAAAUUGCAUGACUGGUCCGCCUAUACGGAGCUAUUGGCCACACGAUUGCCGACACUGGUAUCCCUGCGUAUUGCCGAUUUGAUUGGUAACAUGAAACCGAUGACGACAUCGACAUCCACAUCGACUUCGUCUAAGACAACAACAACAACACCGACGCUAACAACCGCUAGUCAACAAUCGCCGGUAUCUGAAUCAUCAACAAUACCAUCGACAACAACGACAACAACAACAGAUUCACAAGAGGAUGAAGAUGUAAUGUUAACUGGAGUAACAUCAUCAUCACCACCACUACCAUCAUCACCAACAACAUCAUCAUCAUCUACAACACCAUUACAACAACAGUUUCAAGGGUCUACUACUACUACUGUAGCACAGUUACCUACAAUCAUAGGGUCGUCACCACCAUCACCAGCAGCAGCAUCAUCAUCAACAACAACAACAACAAUAGCAACAACUGUAUUAUCAUCGACGACUACAGGUGCUGAUACUACUGCUGCUGCUGCUGCUGUUACUACAGUAUCUGGUGAGGAACAGGCCAUACAAGCCUUAUCCGACAAUUGUCUAGAGUUUGGCGAAAAAGAUAUCUCUAAGCCUGACUUUGAACAAAUGGUCGGCACUUGGAAGCUACGCUAUACUAACAACUGGGUCGACAAUAUCGAAAUCUGCGAUACAGUAGAGAUAGCCUACGAUAAGGACAACCAUUAUGGCCAACUUAAGGCUAUGCAAAACUCAAAAUUGGUAGCCGUAGGCAUUGAACGAGCACUGGGCAACACUAGUAUGAGCGAAAGGAUUAUGGAUGGAGACAAACGAUGCCUAAAUAGUUUACUGUAUGUCGACUAUAAAAAUAUUAAAGCCAUCUAUUCGUGUUGCGAAAAUUUCGACUACAAUGGACUGGGCAUUAUAGAAAAUAUCAAUAUUAUGGUUAGGCCUAAUUCAACGGCCGGUAUCGAUCUGAGCAAAUUUCGCCAAUUUUUGGCCGACAAAUUCCGUGACGACACCAACGGUCCAUCAUUGCAGAUACUGCUCGAUCAUAUGCGACCAGUAAACCAGGUAGUCGACAGGUCUAACAACACUGUCAGCUGUCCCAAUCUGGAUGACUACGCCCAGCCUAAUGUCGACUUUAGAAAAUUAUCCGGACACUGGGAUGCCGUCUACUCGUCCAAUAGUCGCUGGGAUAGAGACUGUAUAACCACUGAUGACGGCUAUAUAGAAUCGGACGACACUAUCGUACAGCAAAAACACACCGGUAAUCAGACACAUAAAGUAACGAUCAAACACUCGAAAGUUAAUCCCAACCGACAGGAGGUUAUGGUUGAUAAUACAUACUUUCAUUCGUGGUUUUUGCUAACCGAUUACAAGACAUACCGUUUACAGUAUACCUGUUAUGUAAAACUUUCCAAAGGAAAGAAACGUAAAAUUGAUUUGUUACGUUUGUAUACCCGUGGCAUUGAAGCCGACAAAUUGGACAAACAAUUGGUGGUUAAGUUAAAGAAAAUGUCGACACGUAUUGGGAAGUCAUUGGAAAUGAUAAAUAGGACCCAAUGUGCACCACUAAAGUCCACCUAAUAAUUAAUGUUCCCGUAAUUAAUGUUCCCGUAAAUAAAGCCCCCC